AUGGAUAUUUUGAGUAUAGUGCUAUAUGCGGUUGUAAUUGCAUUGGAAUUAGGCAUAUUCGCUAGUCAUAUUAUAUGGUAUAUCAGAUUUGGGAAGAAAGAAAAAGCAAUGGAAAAUCAUCAGGAAUGGGAACAUGAACAGCUGGCUGAAACAGAAUAUGAAAGUUUGCAAGAUCCUUCGCAGGAAGAGGAAUAUGAAGAGGAACAUGCCCAAGAAGGUGAUAUUGAGAAAGAGCAAAGGAUAGAGACUCUAAGUCAGAGAUCCAGAGGUUACAAUUUAGGCUAUGGAGACAAUGAAAAAAAUAGGAAUGAUAAUGUAUAG